UAAUAGUGUUACAUACGGCUAACGAUAUAGCAUGUAGCAUUUGCGUAAACUUGGUGGAGAUCUUUGGAUAAGUGUUUUCCAGAAUAUAUGGUGUGAGACACUGAAAUGGCUGGCCGUAUUCCUCUGGUGUUGCUGGCCUGUGGCUCCUUCAACCCUAUUACCCACCAGCACAUGCGUCUGUUUGAGCUGGCCAGAGACCAUAUGCACCAGACAGGGCUGUAUCGUGUGGUGGGUGGCAUUGUUUCUCCUGUCAGUGAUGGUUAUGGUAAACAGGGCCUUGUUGCUUCGAAACACCGACUUGCUAUGGCAAGACUGGCCCUGCAGAGCUCUGACUGGGUUUCCGUAGAUGACUGGGAGAGUAAGCAGGCGGAUUGGACAGAGACGGUGGUGACCAUGAGGUACCACUAUGGCCAGAUAGCCGCUCAGUACGACCACAGCAAGGACCCGUCCACAAAUGAGCGACCAGCCCCUGGUGUCCCACAGUUGAAGCUGCUUUGUGGAGCUGAUUUCAUGGACACGUUUAAGGUGCCUGGUUUGUGGAUGGACGAUCAUGUAGAGGAGGUGGUGGGCCGCUUCGGACUGGUCUGCGUGAGCCGUGGUAACCUUCAGCCAGACCGGGCUAUACAUGAAUCCGACUUGUUGUCCAGGCACCGGCAGAGCAUUUUCCUGGUUCGGGAGUGGGUACACAAUGAGAUCAGUGCUACGGAGAUCCGACGAGCCCUACGUAGAGGCCACAGUGUUAAAUAUCUUUUACCAGACUCUGUCAUUGAUUACAUAAGAGAGCACAACCUUUAUACCCAAGACAGUGAGAUGAAGAACAAAGACGUUAAACUACGACCUCUUGCCAUCCAAGCAAUACAAGACUAAUGUAGGCUUUGGGGAAUUCAGAGCCUGAGGUGGUCUAAAGGCCAAUUCCCAUUGAACCGACCAAUGACAACCAAUGGCAACAGACACUUCUCACACAGCAAUAUAGUGUCGGCCCAGAUCCGGCCCACAUCUGGUACAUUUGGAUUCCACAAGGCCUAGAUGUGGGCCGGAUCUGGGCCCACACUAUAUUGCUGUGGGGUUUUGCCUGAUCAGUGUGUUACCUCUUGGCAUCUGUUGCCAUUGGUUGAUGCUUGUUUUUGCCAAUUGAACAUGUUCAAUCCAGCUCUGUUGGUGCAGUGUAAAUUGGCCUUUAAGGUGCAAUCACGUACCGUUGUUCAAAGAAUCGGAAUCCACGCAAUUGGGAACAUUGAAGGAUUUCCUCAAACAGAUUUCUCAUUAAGUUCAAGUUGGUAACAUGAAUUUGCAAUGUUGACCAAUAGAAAACUCCCUGUGAGCAGUGGACCUUUUUAAAAAAAGGAGAAAAGUUUUUUCCUUUUUUGCCUCCCUCGAAAUUUCGUUCACUUUUAUCGCUUUAGAUAUAUGAAGCACACUUUCAAACCAAGUGUCUGUAUGUUGGUCAGCACAGCGAAUUCGUAUGAGAAUCAAAAUCAAAACCCCUUUCGAGAAACUCCAGAUCACAUGGAUUCUUUUUAGGAUCUGUGCGAUUCUGAUAUGAAUUCGCCCCGCAAAAUUUUGCCCAACAACUUUACAUGAGACCACCAGUCACAAAAAAAAUAGCAAAAUAUGUUUCAAAUGAUUAAAAUUCCCUCCUGCCUGUGAAAGCUGCUUUAGAGGAGUUUCAUAUUUUGUCUUGUGUAAAGUGAGCAUUAUCCAUGACCAUGGUUUCCUAGUGUAAUAUGUGGAGAGGGAUUUAGAAAUUUAUCCUCUCUCUGCAGGAGUUAGAUUUCCCAGAUCACUGCAGAGCUGUAGGUCCAUGUUCAGCAGGUAUGAGAUUUGUUGACUUUUGCUGAAUGUCACAAGGAAGAUAAAUAACAGAGCCUUUACACUUUGGAGAGCAAACAUUGCUUCUUCCAUUUCCAUUUGCACAGAAAGCGUCAUUCAUGUUGUCAGGUCCCUAAAGACGUUUCAUCAAGCUUUGUCGGUGGGGGGAAAAUAGUUUCUGACAAAAUAAAAUAGAAGAAUGUGGUUUGGGAUAUUUGAAGGGUUGUCGAUUUAAAUCAUUUCUUUUUGUCCUUGUAUCACCAACAGUGAGUUCUGGCUCAAACCCGCUAGUAGAUUUAAUGGUGUUUUUUUUUUUUUUGCUAUGUUGAAGCCCUCCUGCUGACAGUCUUUGAGUGUGGAGUUUGUGUUUUAAAAGAACGCCUUUGUUCAUGCUGUCUCAAAAGAAAAGCUGGUGGAAUUAAUUCAACAGAAGCAGUCCCUCUCUUCUAGAUGGCUCCUGCUUUGCACAGAAGGGUUUCACGCAUGUUUGCUAAUUCAAAGCAUCAGACAGAUGAAAGGAGUGACAAUUGAGUUCAAUCUUUUAUCAAGCACAAAACAUACUUUUUUUAAAUUUGACGAACAAAUAAGACUGAUUUAUAAACACAAUCUAUGGAAUAAAAAGUCCAUCCCCUGUAACAAUGAAAGGUUUCAAACGACAGCUAUAUUUAAUGUGAGUGAACUGUUGUUGUUUUUUAUUAAAAACAUUUUCAGUGUUA